AUGGCCUCCUCUCCAACCCCCGACUCCGAACCCGAGUCGCCCUUCGAGUCGCCCUCCGACCUCACCACCCCCCUCUCCGAAGUCUCGACACCCGACUCCGACUCAGCACCAUCGCCCCCACCACUCUCUCCCCCACCGCUCGUCCACAGCCAGACUUCUCCAGCAUCGCCUCCAACAGCCAGAAGUAAUUCUUCGGUCGGUGCGGCAACGACAGCGAAUAUGAAUCCUUCUUCAACACCCCUCGGAACCCUCAACGCUGCACGUGGUAAGCCGCCCACCACGUCCGCAUCUUCAAUAGCCGGCCGUGGCGGUGCGGCAGCGAACCCGGAUAUCAUGGCCAAGAUGAAGGCCUUCUCCCUCUCACGAUCAGGUCAGCCGCCUCCAGCAACCAGCCGGACACCCGGUCCCAGCGUAGCGGCAUCACCCGGGCCUGCUCAGACGGGUGGAAAUAUGGGAGGAUUUCCCGCUGGCUUCAAACUGCCACCUCAUAUGCAGCGACCGAUGAUGCCGAGUACGACAAACAGCUCGCCGGCAGUCACAGGACCGGGUGCGGCGGGGGCAGCAGGAGCAGGAGGCGCGGCAAAACCCAUGUCCAUGGCGGAGAGGAGAGGGAUGAAGCUACCUGGUGGUCUGCCAGGCGCCUCAAAUGCUGCAGCACCGGCUCCCGCUGCUGGCGGCGGGAGGAGAAAACCGCCGGGCAUGACACUAUCACAAAUGGGAGCGGGACAGGCUCAAACAAAUGGAGAUGGAGAACAGCAGAAUGGCGAUGAGCGGAAACAGCAGAGCCAGAUGGACAAGUACGCCCAAUUCAUCGACACUAAGACUGGCGCAUUGAAGUUCAAGGGCAAGGCGACGAUCGAUGGCUCUGGCGUGGUGUUUGCAUCUGGACGCAGCUUCAGCAUCAGCCUGGACGAGGUGGAUACGCUGGACGAGCUCGGAAAGGGCAACUACGGCACGGUAUACAAGGUACGACAUUCGAGGCCAAAGUUCCGGCGGACUGGGCAAGGGCUGGCUGGCAAUAAAUCUCGUGGUCCCAAUGCUUCCGAUGAAUCCGACUCCCCCUCCUCACCUCGCUCCGCAACAGCAGGCGGCACCACCGGCGUCGUCAUGGCGAUGAAGGAGAUGCGACUCGAGCUCGAGGACGCCAAAUUCGCCACCAUCAUCAUGGAACUCGACGUGCUCCACCGCUGCAUGUCCCCCUACAUCGUCGACUUCUACGGCGCCUUCUUCCAAGAAGGCAGCGUAUACAUCUGCAUGGAAUUCAUGGACGGCGGCUCCGUGGACCGCUUAUACGGCGACGGCGUGCCGGAAGGCGUUUUGCGCAAAAUCACCCUCAACACCGUCCUCGGCCUCAAGAGUCUCAAGGAAGAGCACAACAUCAUCCACCGCGACGUCAAGCCCACCAACAUCCUCGUCAACACGCGCGGGCAGGUGAAGAUCUGCGACUUCGGCGUGAGCGGGAACCUGGUCGCUUCGAUGGCGCGGACGAACAUCGGAUGUCAGAGCUACAUGGCUCCCGAGCGGAUUUCGUCCGGUGGGACGGCGCAGCCGGGCUCCGCGGCGGGGACGUACAGUGUGCAGAGCGAUAUCUGGUCGUUGGGGCUGACGAUUAUCGAGUGCGCGAUGGGUCGCUACCCGUAUCCGCCCGAGACUUAUGAUAAUAUUUUCUCGCAGCUUAGCGCAAUCGUAGACGGCGAGCCCCCCGACCUCCCCGCCGACUCAUUCUCCGACAUCUCCCGCGACUUCGUCGCCGGCUGUCUGAACAAGAUCCCCAAGCUGCGGCCGACGUAUCCUAUGCUGCUGCAGCACGCCUGGCUCGCUCCCUUGGCUAAGCCUCAAACUAUCAUGGAGGAGGACGAGGAGGCCGCGGAGGCUGAAGGCGCUGUUGGAGGUGAAGCCCCGGCCGCCGCUGCCGACGAUGAGGCUGCGGAGAAGAAGGAGGAUUGGGUUGAUCAAGAGGUAGGCGAAUGGGUCAUCGGCGCCCUGGACCGCAGGAAGCGCGGCGUGAUGGGGAAAGCGCCGAAGCCGGCGCUGCAUGCGGCGCCUUUGGACAAGGUGGGAGGCCCGGGGAGUCCCGGGGGGAUGGAUGGGGCUGGGGAGAAGGUUGCUGCUGUUGCUGUGGAUGCUUAG